UUUGGUUUUCCCUAUCUGGCUAUGAAAUUUUAGAUUCAUUUACUAAAGCUAUUAAACUGAACAGAACUUGAUCCAUUCUCUCUCUCUCCCCUCACAAGUUCAGAGUUUCAGUGAUUCCAAUCAAAUCCAAACUAUACAUCCUUCCCAUCUUAAACCCAGUUCAAUCUUAUAUCCAUUGGUGUAUUUGUAAUGCAAUCAGUUGAUGAACGAGAAGAGGAAUCCAAAGCGUCCAAGAUCACUGUACUCCAAAAUGCCUAUGACAGACUCUAAUGAUGUGCAGAGUUUUGAUAAUAGCAUUGUUUUCCCUGUCGAAGACAUUGUGCAAUAUCCCUUGCCUGGCUAUGUAUCACCAUUUUCAAUAAGUUUCAGUCCUGAUGAUAGUUUGGUAUCUUAUUUAUUUAGCCCUGAUCACACAUUAAAUAGAAAGGUUUUCGCAUAUGAUCUGAAGACCAACAAGCAAGAAUUGUUAUUUAGCCCUCCUGAUGGUGGACUUGAUGAGAGUAAUAUUUCUGCCGAAGAAAAGUUGAGGAGGGAAAGGUUGAGGGAGCGCGGGUUAGGAGUGACGCGGUAUGAAUGGGUGAAGACAAGCUCGAAAAGAAAAGCACUCGUGGUGCCAUUGCCCGCUGGGAUUUAUGUUCAUGAUAUUUCCAAUUCAAAAUCAGAGCUCAAGCUUCCAAGUACAUCAGCUUCACCCAUUAUUGAUCCACAUCUGUCCCCGGAUGGAUCGAUGCUUGCUUAUGUAAGAGACUGGGAGUUGCACGUGCUGAACCUCUUGACUAACGAAUCAAAGCAGUUGACCCAUGGUGCAGCUGGAAAUGGUUUGACUCAUGGGCUUGCCGAAUAUAUAGCUCAGGAGGAGAUGGAUAGGAAAACAGGAUAUUGGUGGUCACUGGACAGUAAAUAUAUAGCUUUUACUGAAGUUGAUUCUUCUGAAAUACCACUCUUUAGAAUCAUGCACCAGGGUAAGAGCUCAGUUGGUCUAGAUGCACAGGAAGACCAUCCUUAUCCUUUUGCCGGUGCUUCAAAUGUUAAAGUGCGCCUAGGGGUGGUUUCUGUUUCGGGAAGCUCUACCAGUUGGAUGGAUCUUCGGUGUGGGGGUUUGGAACAGCAAGACAAUGAAGAAGAAUAUUUGGCCAGAGUAAAUUGGAUGCAUGGAAACAUUCUGACUGCUCAGGUUUUGAACAGGAAACACACUAAAAUAAAGAUCCUAAAGUUUGAUGUCAAAACAGGCCAGAGGAAAACUAUAUUGGAGGAAGAAAACAACACUUGGAUCAAUAUACAUGACUGCUUUACACCUCUUGAUAAAGGAGUUACGAAGUUCUCUGGUGGUUUCAUCUGGGCCAGUGAAAAAACAGGAUUUAGACAUCUUUAUGUUCAUGAUGCAAAUGGGACUUGUUUAGGUCCCAUCACUGAAGGUGAAUGGAUGGUUGAGCAAGUAGCUGGUGUGAAUGAGGCUACAGGAUUAAUAUAUUUCACCGGGACCUUAGACAGUCCUCUGGAGUCCAACUUAUAUUGUACUAAAUUUUUUGUCGAUGGAAGUCAGCCACUUCAAAUCCCUGUCAGGCUUACACACGGCAAGGGGAAACACAUUGUUGUCCUUGAUCAUCAUAUGCGAAGUUUUGUUGAUAUCCACGACUCGCUUGAUUCUCCUCCUAAGGUGUUACUUUGCUCCUUAGAGGAUGGAAGCAUAAUAAGGUCUUUGUAUGAGCAGUCUUUUACGAUUCCAACCUCCAAAAAGCUUCAACUUGAACCACCAGAGAUUGUUGAAAUACAUGCCAAUGAUGGCACUACAUUGUAUGGGGCUCUAUACAAGCCUGAUGCCUCAAGAUUUGGACCUCCACCGUACAAAACCAUGAUCAGUGUUUAUGGUGGUCCAAGUGUACAGCUUGUUUGUAACUCUUGGCUUAGUACAGUUGACAUGAGAGCGCAAUAUUUGAGAAACCAAGGCAUCUUAGUUUGGAAGUUAGACAAUAGAGGAACUGCAAGACGUGGGUUGAAGUUUGAAAGCCAUUUCAAGAGCAAACUCGGUCAAGUUGAUGCUGAUGAUCAGCUAACUGGAGCAGAGUGGCUUGUCAAACAAGGGCUUGCAAAAGCUGGCCACAUUGGAUUGUAUGGGUGGAGCUAUGGCGGUUACCUCUCAGCUAUGGCCCUGUCAAGAUAUCCAGAUUUCUUCAAAUGUGCCGUGGCCGGUGCGCCUGUUACGUCAUGGGAUGGAUAUGACACAUUCUACACGGAGAAGUACAUGGGAUUGCCAUCCGAAAAUCAAUCCGGGUACGAAUGUGGUGCAGUGAUGAACCAUGUAAACAAGUUGAAAGGAAGGUUGUUGCUUGUGCAUGGCAUGAUUGAUGAAAAUGUACAUUUUAGGCACACUGCAAGGCUUGUUAAUGCUCUUGUGGCAGCUGGAAAACCAUACGAGCUAAUAAUCUUCCCGGACGAACGUCACAUGCCACGGCGCCAUAGAGACCGAGUUUAUAUGGAAGAGAGGAUAUGGGACUUCAUUGAAAGGAGUCUGUAAGAUAACUUGUUUAUGCAUGUUGCGUUGUUGUGCUCUAUUUAUUGGGCAGAGUAGUUUCUGAAGUUCUUAUACCCAGAAUUGUUUAUAUUUCUCUCAUGGCUGAUUUACUUUGCUUCUGGGGAGAUUGGCCAUUUGGCUCGUUUUACACUGAGGAGAAAGAAUCAAUAAAAGUUUAUGAGCCAAGAAGCUUAAUCCUAUCUGUAGCCAGGAGGAUUAUCAUUAUCAGUAGAUUGAUCUGAUAUAAUUUUUCAAAUAUGUUUCUCUUGAAUUAGAGAUUGUUUGGUGGAA